UUAUGCCAGGUGGUUUUCCUCAAUAGUCAAGGGCCUAAAAUUGAUUCAAGUCAUUUAGCCCGCCCCAAACAUAGAAAACGGGCUAAUUUACAGCCGUCUUCAACCUUGCACCCCUUUCUUCCCUCUUCCGUCUUCUUCUUCUUCUUCUUCCUGCGUAUUUCUCUCUCUCUUUCUCCUCGAACGCAAGCUUCACAAUUGAUAACAAUGGCGAAGAAAACUAAGGAACAACCCAAUAAAACUUCAACUCCAAAAUCUGAAGAAAAAUCCGCAACUUCUAACAACAUUUUAGACAAAUUAUUCGGCGAAAUUCCUGAUACCGAAGUCUCUAAUUCCUUGUUUUCUUCCGAAAAUCCCUUUCGAAGAAAGCCAACAGAUUCAAUUCAAACAUCCCAAAUCCCUGAAACACCUAUUAAUGUCGAGGUUUCGAAGUCCGAAUCCAAGACAAAGAAGAAAAGCAAGGACGAAAAUUCUUCUGUUGAGGUUAAGAAAUCGAAGAAGAAAGAUAAAUUAGAGAAAAACCCUAAUUUGGGAAGUAUUGUUAAUGGGUCGGAAUCAAAUGUGAAUUUAGAGGAGAAAGAGAAUAAGAAGAAGAAUAAGAGGAAGAGAGAUGAAUUGGAGAGAGAAUAUGAGGUGAAGAAAUAUGGGGUUGCACCAGAUGAAGAAGAUGAGAAGAAAGAGAAAGUGGGUGGUGGGAAGAAGAGGAAGGCGUUGGAUAAUCCUGCAGAAAUGAUGGUUUCUCAAGAAGGGUAUGAUGAUGAGAGUAAGCUUUUGAGGACUGUUUUUGUUGGGAAUUUGCCAUUGAAGACUAAGAAGAAGGCUUUGUUGAAGGAGUUUAGUCAAUUUGGGGAAAUCGAUUCUGUUCGAAUUCGUUCUGUUCCUACAUUGGAUAGCAAGAAGCCGAAGAAAGCUUUGGUUAUUAAUGGGAAUCUCAAUGAGGCAGUUGAUAGUGUCAAUGCCUACAUUGUAUUCAAAACAGAGCAAGCUGCUGAAGCCUCACUAACCUAUAAUAUGUCUAUGAUUGGAGGGAACCAUGUCCGCGUUGACAGGGCGUGCCCACCUCGGAAGAAACUGAAAGGAGACGACGCUUCAGCUACUCUUUAUAAUAAUAAGAGGACAGUUUUUGUGGGUAAUUUGCCAUUUGAUGCUAAGGAUGAGGAACUUUAUCAGUUAUUUUGCAACACCAGACAACUUGAAUCUAGCGUUGAGGCUGUUCGAGUGAUUAGGGACCGACACACAAGUCUUGGAAAAGGGAUAGCUUAUGUCUUGUUCAAAACAAGGGAAGCUGCAAAUAUUGUUUGUAAAAAACGCUUGAAGCUCCGAGACCGUGAAUUGAGGAUUUGUCACGCAAAGUCAAGCACCCAAUCCUCCACACCCUCUAAGAGGAAAAGUCCAGGAGACUCGGAAAGCUCCCCUGCAAAGAAAUUUUCAGCAGGAACAGAUACUCGCUCCCCUGCAAAGAAAUUUUCUGCAGGUGCAAAGACUCCAGAAAGUCGCUACAAGGUUGGUGCUGGUGGUGAUACCUCCUACCAAGGUUUACGUGCAAGUAAAUCCGGGGAGCAAAAGAAAGCCCCCAUAAGAAGAACUGCUACAAAAACUUCUUUUAAACCCGCAAUGAAGAGUGGAGACAAAAUUAAGCAGAGGACAGAUAAAAGACCAUCAGUAGCAGCCAGAAAGGCCAAAGCAAUUGCUAUGCAAAGUGGCGGUGCUUCUAUCAAAACAGGGAAAAGAAAAAUGGAUGCCAGAACGCCCCAGAGUUCCAACAAGAAAAAGAAGGCUAUGAAAUCCAAGUGAAAGGGCCUUAGUGUAUAACUGUUCUCUGGCCAUUUUUUGUCCUUUUGAAAAUUUGUUAUAGUUUUCACUCAAAAAGAGAGACCUCUGUAGUCUGGUCUAAGCAGUUAAUACAGCUGUGUACAAUGUCCAAAAUGAUACAUUGCGAACCAUACUCACAGUGCUGUAUGUGUAAGUGUAUUAUGGCAAUAUAUCAUCUCCUUUGGUUUUUCACAA